UUAAAACUGAACACUAAUUGAACCGCCUGACGCUUCCAUCAUAGCAUGUUUUCCGUUCAUUCCAUAGACUGGCUUUAGAGUGAUCGUACCGUAGAAUUGUAUCGUUUCUAAAGAUGAUCAAAAAUUUACUUCUGUUGAUGGUUUUCGUCUACAUGUCGGUUGUAGAUGCCGAACUGAAUCGCGGGAAUGCAGCACUUGUAGCGGUACAUCGUGCAGUCAGAAGCCCACAGCAGAACAAUUUUCCGAGUUUCCCCAACAUGCCUCCCCCUGGCUUUGACGCCUCCCACAUAGUGUCUCAAAACACCGACGUUAAUAAGAACGGGUUUGCUCAGACCACAAUCUACAAAUCCGAGAAUGGAAUGGGAUCGUCGUCGACAUCGUAUUCCCAAUCGGGAGCAUCGCUGGUGAAACUAUUACCAACUUGUACCACGAUCGCGUUUAUUAUCUUGGCGAUAAACUUUAUUAGGAACUGACGCAAAGAUUCACUACACGUAUGAAUAAAUAGAAUUUUUUGUCUCUAUUGACAUGAAUAGUGAUAAUACAAAACAUCAAUAAACGUAA